GUUCGGGGCGCUGCCCGCGGUGACGCGCGGCCCCCGCCCGCCGCAGCGACACUGCGAUGGUUGAGCCCGGCCGUCGGACGCCGCUGCCCGAAGCUUGAUCGCGGGGAACCUUGGUGAGUGAGAAAAUGUAGCGGAGUAACACCUGCCACGAGCUUGGCGUGGAUACCCUGGCCCAGACGGAGCAGCUGCCCCUGGGCGUCUUUCUGGCCAUCCAGCCUCACCAUGUCAAAGAAGGGCGCGGGCAGCCGGGCCAAGGGGGACAAAGCGGAGGCACUCGCCGCAUUGCAGGCUGCCAACGAGGAGCUGCGAGCCAAGCUCACGGAUAUCCAGAUUGAGCUACAGCAGGAGAAAAGCAAGGUCAGCAAAGUGGAGCGGGAGAAGAGCCAGGAGCUGAAGCAGGUCCGUGAACACGAGCAGCGCAAGCACGCCGUCCUGGUCACCGAGCUCAAGAGCAAGCUGCACGAGGAGAAGAUGAAGGAGCUGCAGGCCGUGCGGGAGGCGCUGUUGCGGCAGCAUGAGGCCGAGCUGCUGAGAGUCAUCAAGAUCAAGGACAAUGAGAACCAGAGGCUGCAGGCGCUGCUCAACACCCUACGGGAUGGCGCGCCAGACAAGGUGAAGACGGUGCUCCUGUGUGAGGCUAAGGAGGAGGCCAAGAAGGGCUUUGAGGUGGAGAAGGUCAAGAUGCAGCAAGAGAUCUCGGAGCUCAAGGGGGCCAAAAAGCAGGUGGAGGAGGCACUGACGAUGGUCAUCCAGGCCGAUAAGAUCAAGGCGGCCGAGAUCAGGAGUGUCUACCAUCUGCACCAAGAAGAAAUUGUCCGCAUCAAGAAGGAGUGUGAGCGCGAGAUCCGCAGGCUGAUGGAGGAGAUAAGAUUUAAAGACAGAGCAGUCUUCGUGCUGGAAAGAGAGUUAGGGGUUCAAGCCGGGCAUGCCCAGAGACUGCAGCUCCAGAAAGAGGCUCUAGAUGAGCAGCUUUCCCAGGCCAAAGAGGCUGAGCGGCACCCAGGCAGCCCCAGACGGGAACUUCCUUAUGCAAGCGGUGCAGGAGACGCCUCAGACCACUCAGGAAGCCCUGAACAGCAGUUGGAUGAGAAGGAUGCCAGGCGUUUCCAACUUAAAAUCGCUGAGCUAAGUGCUAUCAUCCGGAAACUGGAAGACCGCAAUGCCUUGCUGUCUGAGGAGAGGAAUGAGCUGCUAAAGCGGUUGAGAGAAGCCGAAAGUCAGUACAAGCCAUUGCUGGAUAAAAACAAACGUCUUACUCGGAAAAAUGAGGACUUGUCCCACACUCUGCGGCGCAUAGAAAGCAAGCUGAAAUUCGUUACCCAGGAGAACAUAGAGAUGAGGCAGAGAGCCGGAAUCAUCCGGAGACCCAGCUCCUUAAAUGACCUGGAUCAAAGUCAGGAUGAGAAAGAGAUGGACUUCCUAAAGCUCCAAAUUGUGGAGCAGCAGAACCUCAUUGAUGAGCUUUCCAAGACCCUGGAGACAGCGGGCUAUGUGAAGAGUGUGUUGGAGCGUGAUAAGCUGUUGCGGUAUCGGAAACAAAGAAAGAAAAUGGCGAAGCUCCCCAAGAAGCCGGUUGUUGUGGAGACCUUCUUUGGAUAUGAUGAAGAAGCUUCCCUGGAAUCCGAUGGCUCUUCCAUUUCUUAUCAGACUGACAGGACAGACCAGACCCCAUGCACCCCAGAAGAUGACCUGGAAGAGGGUAUGGCCAAGGAAGAGACGGAGCUGAGGUUCCGGCAGCUGACGAUGGAGUACCAGGCACUGCAGCGAGCCUAUGCCUUGCUGCAGGAACAAGUCGGAGGGACACUGGAUGCAGAGCGAGAAGUUAAGACCCGUGAGCAGCUGCAAGCAGAAAUACAAAGAGCACAGGCCCAGGUGGAGGACCUGGAAAAGGCACUGGCUGAGCAGGGUCAGGAUAUGAAGUGGAUUGAGGAGAAGCAAGCGUUGUAUCGACGAAAUCAAGAGCUUGUAGAAAAGAUAAAACAAAUGGAGACGGAGGAGGCCCGGCUGAAACACGAGGUCCAGGAUGCAAAGGACCAGAAUGAGCUGCUGGAAUUCAGGAUCCUGGAGCUUGAGGAGAGGGAGAGGAAGUCACCCGCCAUCAACUUCCACCACACGCCUUUUGUGGAUGGGAAGAGCCCCCUGCAGGUGUACUGUGAGGCGGAAGGUGUCACGGACAUCCUGGUCACGGAGCUGAUGAAGAAGCUGGACAUCCUGGGGGAUAACGCCGUAAGUAAUCUGACCAAUGAGGAACAAGUGGUUGUCAUUCAAGCAAGGACAGUCCUGACCUUGGCAGAAAAGUGGCUCCAGAGGAUUGAAGAAACAGAGUCAGCUCUACAGCGGAAAAUGGUAGAUCUGGAGAGCGAGAAGGAGCUGUUCAGCAAGCAGAAAGGCUACCUGGAUGAGGAGUUGGACUACAGGAAGCAGGCAUUGGACCAAGCCCACAAGCACAUCCUGGAGCUGGAAGCCAUGUUGUAUGAUGCCCUGCAGCAGGAAGCCGGGGCCAAAGUGGCUGAGCUGCUGUCAGAAGAAGAGCGUGAGAAGCUCAAGGUGGCGGUGGAGCAGUGGAAGCGUCAGGUCAUGAGUGAGCUGCGGGAGCGUGACGCACAGAUCCUGAGGGAACGCAUGGAGCUGCUGCAGAUUGCGCAGCAGAGAAUAAAAGAGCUAGAAGAAAGAAUAGAGACCCAGAAGAGACAAAUAAAGGAGCUGGAAGAAAAGCCUUCAUUCUCUGGUCAUAGCUGUUCUUGGCCCGCUGCACUGCCCUCUGCAAAAGUGGACCUUUGUCCUCUAACAGGACCAGAGAGCAGCAGGUGCCAGAGAAAGCAUGGGAAAUUGAAUCUCAACACUGAAGACUCUGGAGGGUUUGGGAUCUGUUCCCAGCCCUGUGGGGGAUGAGGCUAAAAGCACUGUGAGCUGCAGUCAUUGUCCACUUGGGGUGAGCCAGGACUAGAACUUGUCUUGCUGACUAGUGCUUCUCUAGGAGAGGCCUAGCCUUGGCUACCGAGUCCUGGUGACCUUCAGCCCAGAGAGGAGGCUUUAUCCCAAUCACAGCGAUAUGUAGUGUUCCCUGCCAUGCAGGGGUGAGAACUGCUCCUGUGCUGGAGCCCACACCGGACACACCCCCUUGUCCCCAGAGUGACCAUCAAUACCCUUGGAAGAAGAUCUCAGAACUGCCCAGACUUGCCCUCCAAGGGCAAGACGAAGGCUGUGGUCACAGUGGUGACCUAGGAGGAUUCCCUGUGGCAUCCUGCAUGUCACACUGAAGUCACUCACGGUGGUCCUGAACGCUUGCUGAUGGACAGAUCCACGCCCAACCUUGUUCUGUUACGUUGGUGUCUCUGUGAGGACAGAUGAGAGUUAUGACCCCCACUCACACACACACACACACACACACACACACACACUCACACACACACACACACUGGCUUCCUACACUACCCUGAGACACAAUGGCUAGACUCCUGUCCCCGUCUGCUGGCCAGGAGCACAGUGGGAAGACCAGAGGAGAGGCCAGGGGGCAUGCAAGAUGAGUAUGCAGAGGCCUGGCCCUGCAGAAUGUGGAUCAAAGCACAGCCCAGACAUAGUGGAGGCCUGGUCCUCCCGUCCUGGAAGACCCUCAGCCGGUGGGCCUAGCCUGAGAGCUGCAAGCAGCAAGGGCAGAUGGUGAGGGUAGCUGAAGAAGGCCUCGUCCAGAGCCUGUGCACACAAGAAGCAGGCCCGGGAGAGAAGGUGAAGAUACGAUGCACCCAGCGGUCUAUGAACCUCAGAAGGCAGCCACGGCACAAUGACCUGCAGGAACAAUCCCAGUCUCAGAUCAUCAUGUCCCUGACCUUAACGGCUGUGGAAGCUGGGUGGAGGAGAGUAGACACAGUUCGGCUCAAUGCUGGCGUCCAGUGGCAACAACCCGAAAUUCCUAGAGAGGCCCCUAGGUGGCAGGUUGUGCCUGUCCCAUUGGGUGCAACCCUUCCUCCACUUGUGGGCAAGUGAACCUCUAGGGUUUGCAGAGUUACUGCACCUUAAGUCUGAACAGUUCCCACAUGAAGGAUGUCAGAAUUUCUAUUGCUGUGCUAAACACCAUGACUGAAAGCAACUUGGGAGGAAAGUUGCCUUUAUUUCCUGUAGUCAGGGGAAGCCAGGGCAGGAGCUCAAGCAGGGCAGGAACUGGAGGCCGGAGCUGAUGCAGAGGCCAUGGAAGGGUGUCGUUUAUUAUCUCAGUUCUCCUGGCUUGCUAAGCCUUUCUUUGUUUUCCCUUCCUCCUCCUUUUUAAAAAAAAAUGUGUAUGUGUCUUACCUGCAUAUGUGUGUGUGCACAAAGUGCAUGCUUGAUGCUCUCAGGAUGUUCGAUCCCUGGAACUGUGGUAAUGACGGUUGUGAGCCACCGAGUGGGCGCUGGAAGUCUCGGUCCUCUGGAAGAGCAGCCAGUGUCUUAACCACUGAGCCACCCGUCCAGCUCUCAACCUGGUAUACCCUAGGACACCUGCCUCGGGGCGGAACCAUCCACAAUGAUCUGGGCCCUCCCACCUCCUUCACUGAUUAAGAAAUGCCCCACAGGCUUGCCUAUAGGCCAGUCUGAAGCAAGCUUUUUCUCAGUUGUGAUUCCCUCUACUCAAAUAACUCUGGCUUGUGGAAAGCUAACAACAACAACAAAAAAAAAACAGAACCAGAAUGGAGGGAAAACAGGGCGAUGUGAGGAGUUCUGGGGCAUAGGCAGGGCUGGUCCCCUCACAGGUGCCUCUCCCUAUCUGGACAUCAGUAGCCAUAGGCAGUGCAUUAGUUAUGUUUGUGUUGCUGUGACCAAAAUAACCCCAUGGAACAGCUUCGAGAUUUCAGAGGGCUCAGUCCUUCGUGGCUGACUCUGGGUCUCUGGGACUGUGAUGAGGCCUACAUCCUGAUGGCAGAGCUACUCGUCUCAGAACACACAGGAAGCGAUGGGGGGGGGCAAAGGGGAACAGGGACAAGACACUUCCAAGGGCCCAUCCCCUAUGGCCUUCUUCCUCCAGCUAGGACCCACCUCCUGAAGGUUCUAGACCCUCUCAAAAUAGUGCCACCAACCAGGUGUGAUGGCAUAGACCUGUAAUCCCAGCACUUAGGAGGCUGAGGCAGGAGAAACAUUAAGUUUCAGCUUAGCUUGGGCAACAUAGUGACACUGUAUUUCAAAACAAACCACCACCACCAACAACAACAACCAAAAAGAUUGCUACUAGCUAGUGACCUAGCAUGACUGACCACACGAGUCUGUGGGGAUAUUCUGUGUCCAAACUACAGCUAUCAGUGCCCCUUUCCCCCAAAAGCAUUUUGUGAGUCCGGGCUCGACUCAGACCAUCUCCUGCUCCCUGGACGCUGAAGUCAGAGUGGUCACGGUGGAGGGAAGGAAGGUGAGAACUUGUGAGUACCCCUUAGCUUGGGUAGCCACAAAACAGCCCAGGAGCCAGAGCCAGAGGUUCUCUGAAGCUGGCUGCAUGAGCUGCAUAUUAUACAAUAAAAGGAACCAGCAGUCUUGGAGCAGGGACUGAUUCCCAGUGUGGUACGGGGGCAAAUGAACAUUCCCCUCGUUCCCCCUGAUCAGAGAGAGCGGAUGCUCAGAUACAACCAGUAAGGAAAGGUUCACGGAACUGCAGUCUGAUAUUGUAUCAGAGGUGCUAGCCCUGGAGGUUCAACAAGGGACAGUCACCACAGGCCUGCACUUCCGGGGGGCAGCAACAAACAGCAACCUACCCAGCAGCCCCCAGAGCCCCACGGGCCAGAGAGGGAAGAUGAUCGGAGCCCUGACUCCUGAGGCUCCAAGGGAGGAAGCCAGGCGCUGGCUGUGGGUGUUAGCACCAUGCCGGCCCCUACCUGAGUCCUCCCAUGGUUGUCAGUCUCCAGCCUAUGCUGUAAUCUCAGCUCCUGGCACAGGAAAACCCGUGGCCCCUAUUACCUGAAGACUACAAAGCCAAGGUCUGUGUCUGUUUCUGUCCCAGAUGCCGCUCUGGGAACUGCUGGUUGAUGUGUGUCUGGCCCAGUAAAGGCAGUGGCAGAAUGUCACCUGCUUUCUGACUGAACACCAAUCACCAUUCACUCCAGUGAGAUUUCAAAAAGCUCUUAUUUUGAAAUGAUUUUUAGAUAUAAAACAGCAAAAAUAGCCGUAGAGAGGUUUUGUUGCUUUAACUUUUAAAUUACAUGUGUAUGUAGGCACACAUGUGCGUGUGUGCUCUUCAUGCUGUGGCACUGUAUGGAGGUCACAGGUCAACUUGCAAGCUAAUGCUGCCUCCAGUCAUAUGAGCAUGAGUUAGGAAGUGAACUCAGGUCAUCAGGCUCGGCAGCGAGUGCCCUUCCCUGCUGAGCCAUCUCACCCACGGUUUCUGUCUGUCUUUCUAUGCAUGUCAGGCUGCUCUUGAACUCACUGUCCUCUUGCCUCUGCCUUCCAAGUGCUGGGAUAGCAGCUGUUUGUUAUGGCAUCUGGCUGUGGGAGUCUCCGUGUGCCCUUUCCCUGGCUUCUCCUGAUGUUAAUAUCAUGCACAAUAAUCUUGAGGCGUGUUCCAAACAGCCAGUCCCCAGACCUGACUCAAGCUUUGACAGUUUUCCUCUGGCAAAAGAUGUUCCGUUCCUGGGUCCCGGGCUCUAUCAGUCAUUGUAUCUCUCCACUCAAAGGUAUCAGUUCCCAGUGUUCCCUUGUCAUUUCUGACAUGACAUGCUCAUAUUAACAUGUGGGUUAUUUUGUGGUGUCCUCCGUCUGAUGUGCCUUGUGCUUUCUCAUGGUUAGCUUGGGGUGAGACACUGCACAGUGAGAACCCUCAUGCGCCCAACAGGGGGCCCAGAGGCCAGCAUGAUGAAUCGUGUGCUCCCUGAAGUGGGAGCCCUGGGUGAUAUUUGCAAACAGUGAGAAGAGACACUGACACAGUACAAAUCUGCUUUUUCUCCCCCAAACUCCUGCUCACCUGACAGCGAGUUUUUCCAUGUUCUUAUGGGAACGUUGUGUCUCAUUGAUUCUGCAAGCUCCAGGCCAAUCAUAUCAUUUCUUGAACCUCAAGUAUUCUUUCAGAUUGACACUUGUCCUGUCUCCAUAUCCCUUCCUUCCUUAUACACUUCCUGUUACCAUGAAGGGCUCCAGGCUCAUCUUGUAUUGUCCCUGUGCUAGGCCUGAGACCCACCCCUUCUCCAAGGAGUGCUGGGCCCCUGCCUGUGAAUCUGGCUAAGAAACCAGGAUGUCUAGGUCUGGAUGUGCUUGCUGCUGGGGUAGCUUCAUUCUCCAGCUUCUCUUGGGCAGAGCAUGUGUCUAAGUCACUGUUCUGUUGCUGUGAAGAGACACAUGACCAAGGCAACUCUUAGAAAAGAAAGCAUUGAGGGCUUGCUUACAGUUUCAGAGGUUUAGCCCAUUGUCAUCACAGCAGGGAUCAUGUAUGCUAAACUGUGCGUUUACCUAUCCACUACAUCUAUCCGUCAGUUAGUUAUCUGUCACUUUUGUCUCCACCCAUUUCAUAGCCCUCGGUUGUUACCUAGCUCCUUCCAUCUCUCCAUCUAUCAUCCAUCAGUUGCUAUUGUAACACCACGAGUUCGUAACUACAGCCCCAGGUUCAGACCAACGAUGCCAGAUUUGCUCUAACCUCGCUCUUCCUGUUCCCAGCCUCUUGCUCUGACAAUGGCAGGGCGCCUGGCUCUUAUAUCCACAAUGCCCUUGUUUACAGUUCAGUUCUGGCAUAUCUGAAGUCGUCUCAGAGUCACUAAGACAGAGCUUCACUACUUAGAAUGCAGCACGUGUUUUGUUCUGGUAGUCCAUGGUCUUACAGUGUCCAGGCGAAAUGUUUUUCUCCGAAAUAACUAUCUUGUCAGGGUUACUGUCGCUUUGAUGAAACACCGUGACUAAAGCAACCUGGGGAGGAAAGAAUUUGGCUCACAUUUCCACACCAUCACAGGAUGUCAGGACAAGAACUCAAGCAGGGCGGGAGCCUGAACGCAAGCGCUGCGGAGGCCAUGGAGGAGCGCUGGCUACUGGCUUCCUCCUCAAGGCUGCUUAGCUUUCUUAUGGAACCUAGGAAUCCCAGCAAUAGCACCACUCACCGCGGGCUGGGCCAUACCCAUGGAUCACUAAGAAAAUGCCCUACAGUCUUAGGCUAUAAGGCGUUUCCUCAACUGAGGCUCCCUCCUCUCUGAUGACUCUAGCUUGUGUCAAGGUGAUAUAAGACAAGGUAGCACAAUAGCCUGGGAGUCCUCUCUCGUCCCUCUCCAGGGCAGUUACGCUUUGUUUCUCACAUCUGAGGUCCUGUGUCACAGCCUGUACUCUCUUCACCCCACACUCUGACUUUUAAAAACUUUACAUGUAAUAGUGUUUACUGCUUAUGAUGUACAGUAAGUGUUCUCUGGGGUUUGACACAUGCAUGACACAGAGUUUACCACCAUCUUGGCAGAUCCCCUCCUUAACCCUUUGCUAUUGAGCCCCUCAGUCCAUCCUGGUGUCCCUGGUCUGUUUCCUCCCUUCAGUUUUGCCAUUUCAAGUGAUACAAAUAGGGUCACAUUGGAAUCUGGCUCUCCUCUGCAUUGCUUUGUGACUGACCAGUGCAUCCCUUUCUACUCGGAAGCAUCUCCAGCUUAAGGGCAUCAGGGUGACUUCUGCUCUGGGGCAAUUAUGAGCAGAGCUGCCGGAGCACUUGUGUGCAGGUUUCAAAGGGUAGAAGCCUUCAUUCUUCUUAGGUCAAUACCCAUGGUGGGGCUGAUGCAUUUAAUUUUACAGGAAACAGCUCAAUGCUGCUGUGCACUGCAGCUCGUGUUCCCACUGGCAAUGCAGGACAGCACCCUGCUACUCUGUGGGCCUUUGCCUGGUUGGUUUUGCAGUAUCUUAUUUUGGUUGUAGUUUGCAUUUUUUUGAAUGAAGAACAGUGUUGAGUGUUGAAUUUCUGUCCAUGUAUUUUCUUUGGCAACAUUCCCCUUCCUAUUAUUUCAGCCAUUUUUGAAAUGGGUUGUUGUGCUCUCCUAAUGUACUGUUUUAAGAGUUUUUUUUUCCAUGUAGUCUAGACACAUUUGUUUAUCAGAUAUACAUAUAAAAUUCAAAAGCAUUUCCUCAUG